AUGCAAAUUGGCUCCCUUCAGGUGGCUUUGAAGCAAAAGAAUAAUAACAAUGUUUCAGGAUUGUCUGAAGAACUAAAGGUUCAAAAUGAGCAACUCAAUGCAAAAGUGAUUCAGCUGGAAAAACAACUAGAAUGCUGUCAAAACCUGGAAUUGGAGAAUCAACAACUUAAAGAGAAAUUAGAUGUGAUGAAGCACAUGGAAGAUGAAUUUCUGAACAUGGUUGGUGCUUUACAUAUGAAUGUAGUGGAAAAGGAACGGUUACUUAAGGACUCAGAAGAUUUCAACCAAUCACUAAUCAUUAAAGAGCGUGAGAUUAAUGACGAGCUUCAAAAUGCUAGAAAGAAAUUGAUUGAGCUUUCUAUAAUUUUUUACUUUUCUAUAUUGUUUUCUAAAUUUACUAAUAAUCUCUUCCUUUUAUUGCAGGGUAUUGCGGAGAGAUCAAGUCUUGAUGAUGGCAAUAUUUGUGUGAAACAAAUGGGAGAAAUAGACACUGAGCCUUUCCUUAAAGCUUUUACUGGGAAGAGAAGAUAUAAUGAAGAGGAAGCAGAGCAGAGAGCUUUAGAAAAAUGUUCAUUGUGGCAAAAGUAUCUAGGGGAUCCCCAUUGGUAUCCAUUCAAAAUAAUCACAAUUGGUGGGAAAUCAAAGGAAAUUAUAAAUGAGGAAGAUGAAAGGCUAAAAAGAUUGAAAAGGGAAAUGGGUGUUGGAGUAUAUAAAGCUGUGGUGACAGCUCUAAAAGAAAUGAAUGAAUACAACCCAAGUGGGAGGUUCAUGGUAAGAGAAUUGUGGAACAACGACGAAGGAAAGAGAGCUACACUGGAAGAAGGAAUCGAAUUCCUAUUAAAUCAAACAAAAACAAAACGAAGGAAAAUAGGUCAAAUGGAUGAUGGAGCAAAUGAGAAUGGUGAUGAUGAUGAAGUUUUUGUAGAAAAAAAUAAGAGAGAUGAGGUAAUACUAAUGUUGUGA